AUGGGGGAUGAAGGCAUGGGGCCAUGGAGGCAUGGGGCCAUGGAGGCAUGGGGCCAUGGAGGCAUGGGGCCAUGGAGGCAUGGGGCCAUGGAGGCAUGGAAGCAUGGGGCCAUGGAGGCAUGGAGGCAUGGGGGCAUGGGGGCAUGGAAGCAUGGGGCCAUGGAGGCAUGGAAGCAUGGGGCCAUGGAGGCAUGGAGGCAUGGGGGCAACAACGAGGGGGGCGUUGGCGCCUGGGAUUCGCACAUCGGGCAGCACGGAGAAGUCAGCAGCUAUGGCGGUGGCUUUAGCGAGUCGGCUCAGAGUCCAGACCCGACUGUCCCGCAUUAA